UUUACUCUGCGUUCUUUGUGCGGUGGCCGAUUCACGCUCUCGCUCUCGCUCUCUCGCCUUUCCUUCUCACUCAUUGGGUCCUCUUAAGAAGAAGAAGAAGAAGAUCCUGUCCGUAGAAAAGGAUGACAGAGCCACCUUUUGUGCCAAGGGAGAGACUUCUAAAGAAGCAGCAAUAUUUCCAAAGCAUUCAUAAACACACAUACUUGAAAGGACCGUAUGAUAAGAUCACCUCGGUCAUGAUCCCCCUUGCAUUAGCAGCUACGACCGGGUUCAUGAUUGCACGUGGGAUCUACAACAUGUCACAUGGAAUUGGCAAGAAGGAAUGAGAGUUAUCUUUUCCUCAAUGAAGAAUUGUGAGGUUAGGACUCCUACUUUCUAGUUCUUGGUUGUUUCAAUUCGGACAAAGGUUUUGUCUUGAUACUUUCCUUGUUGAACAGAACUUUAAUAAUGAUCUAGUCUGAGAUUGCAAUUUCC